GGAAGCACCAAGUACCAGACCCAGCUGCCUCCAGCAUCAGGACCACAGUCAGCUCCUGCUUCAGCCAACAUCAGAACAAGAGACAGCUCCUGCUUCAUCCAGCAUCAGGACCAGAGACAGCUCCUGCUUCUUCAUCCAGCAUCAGGACCAGAGACAGCUCCUGCUUCUUCAUCCAGCCUCAGCACUGGAGACAGCUCCUGAUUCCUCCAGCCUCAGCAGCAGACAGAAAGCUCCUGAUUCCUCCAGCAUCAGCACCACAGAGGGCUGCAGAUCUAAACUUCAUUGAGAGCCCUUACUCUUCCAACUCCAGCCCCGCAGACAGCUCCUGAAGCAGACAGAUGAUGGAGGGCACUCUGGUCUUCUGGAAAUACCGCACUCUCUUCUCUCUCAUUCUGUGUACCCUGCUUCUUUUUAGGGUCCAUUUAGCACAAUCAGCUCCUGCACCCCAGCAACACAUAGAGGCGCCCCCACUGUCCAAAAUAUCACCCAGAGGAAGCCAUUGGGCUGUAGGUCACCUAAUGGGGAAGAAGAGUAUAGAGGAAUUUCCAUAUGGAUAUGAUGGAGGAGAGAAGAUGUCUACUGUCUACUCUGGAGGAGACAAGCCAAUGGAGGGCUACCAGCAGUGGAAGGAGGCAUUUGUCAAUGUAUUGAGGAUGCUGGAGGCAAAUGAUUACAGAAACUCCCAGCCAGUCAGAGACACAACAUUUUAUAGCAAGAAGCCCUGGGACAAUGAAGAAAAUAAUUAUAAAGAGAUGUUGGAUUAUCUGUACCAGCUGAUGGCCAUGAGAGAUACAACUCAAAGCUGAGUGGACUCGCUCCGUCGGAAGGGAAGACGUAAACGAUAUCUUUGAGGGGAUCUAUCUCACAAGCAUUUGAUUGUUACCAGAUAACCAAGAUUUUAUUUCUGUAAACAAUACAAUUUAUUGUGUAAAUUAUAUGCGUUUCCUCGUCCAAUCUUUUUAAACUCAUUAAGCAAGGUCUAAGUGACUUUCUUGUAAAUAAUUGUUCAAGGAAGGGUCUUCCAAAUGCAUAAUUAUAUUUUAACACUUCUGAUGAUUUCGUCUUUUUAGUUUGUAGACACAAAAUAUUUUAACAUUCACAAUAAAAAUUCAAAUAAAAAUGUAGUAAAA